AUGCCCAUUGCGGCGUCGGCGGCGAGCAAAGCCACCCUGGCAGCGACACCAGCGGCGGGGGCGGCAGCACGCGACGGAACAGGGCAGAUGAGCCUGCAAGGUCUGCGCGUUGCAGCAUUUUUCGAAAACUGCGAUACGGCAACCACUGAAGAGCCGAUUGCUAUUGGACAGAUAACCGCACAGAUAUCCGAAUCGGUGUAUGCUGUGUUCUUCAAGGAGAUCGCACUCUCACCCGUAAUUGAAGUUGGCUCGCGGGUGUAUGUCACAUACGGCCGGGACGCGCAGUUCGCUCCCGAGACCGGAAGGAUGAACAACGAAGUAGCGCCUGCGAAUGAGGCGGCGGUAGCAGCUGUAAGUGCCGCAGUGCGACGGCAAGGCACAGCAGCCAGUGGUGCGAAACGGGCUAUGGGUGGCACACCAGUAACAGAAGCAGUGGUGUCCCCGGCAACCCCCAUAGCGGCAUCUUCCGCAAUUACAACAGAUAGUGUCGCAGCCAGUGUGCGCCCCUCGCACUCGCCCAGUCCUGGCACAAUAAUAGGCGGCCUUGUGGCAAAGGUCAAUGGUAAUGGCACAUUUGCAGUCCUCCUGGAUAACGACCGCUUUGACCUUGCCGUUCCACGUGAGAUGAUCACGUUCUCAGAGGGACGAUCCAAGUUUGUGUCUAACGAGAAGUUCCAGGAGGUGCUGGAGUGGGUGAAGUCCGCUGGUGUUGACCGCCGUUCCGACCAGGAAAGCACAUCAUGCAUCCUCUUCCAUCGCGGCUGGCGUGCGGAUAAGCUCUACCUCCUAGACAGUGCAGAUGUGCACUGUCUCUCGCAUCUCAACAAGUCUGUACGCAUGAGCGUUCUCGAGAAGUCCGAGUGGGAACGCGACCAGCACAGGCAGAAGCGCGAGCAAAUCAAGGAGCGCAUCAAGGAGAAGGAAAUGCGGUACGUCCUCACCAAGUACAGCGGCGUCUUUAGUGCUUGCGUGGCAGUGCUUGGUGUUAUGUCUGUCUUUGGGUGGAACUUCAAGAACUACAAGAAGCAGCAGCGCUCCUACCAGCUUGCGAUCGCAGCAAACACCCUCUCUCAGCACGGCAGCCGUCUGGCGCUCAAAGGCAAUGUGCUGCGCGAGGCGGAGGAGCAGCGCGUGCGACAGACACUGCGGCAGCAGGACCUCUCGCACCCGCGCAUCGUCGUCUUGGUGGGCUUCUACGGCUGUGGUAAGAGCCUAUUGCUGCGUGCCGCCGUGCGCAAGGAGAAGAUGGCGGCGGUGUUCGUUGAGGUCCGCGCGAACGAGGACCCGCUGCGCUCCAUCGUGAAGUCGCUGGGCGUGCAGAACAUUGACGCGUGUGGCGACCUGCUCGACUUUAUCGCCGACGCGUCGGAGCGAGCGCGCAAGCUCAUGCACGGCGCAACGCCGCUGCUGGUGCUGAAGCUGCGCGAUGGCAGUUUGCUGCCGCGUGUCUACAACGAAGUGUUGGCGCUUGCCUGCGACCGGCGACUGUGCCACGUCGUGAUGGAAGUCCCUAUGGAGUCCCUCACAAUCGCCAUGACGGCGCUGCCACGCCUCGACUUCCAUCUCAUCCCGAACUUCUCUGUCAGUGAGGCGUUCAAGUACACGCAACACAUCAUCGACCCGCUGGAGCUGACAAACUUCGUCGAGGUUGUCGGCACAAACAGCAACGACCUUGACGAACUUUUUGCGGCGGUGCAGCAUACACGUACAUCCGCCAUGGCGUACACGAACCAAAAACUCGUUAAGGCCAUGCGCCAACUGCAGGCUGCGUGGGCAAAGGACCCUUCACUCCGUGAGGCAGUCAUCAAUCUCGCGCAGUUCCCGUUCGAGACGGGGCAGCGUGAGGGAUACGAUUACUCCAGCCUUCGUAAUGAGGCUUUACGCGACAUCGUAAUGUACAACCCUGUAACAGAUGUCUGGAUGUUUCACCAAAAAGUAUUUCACACAGCAGCCCGAUGCUGGCAGUAG